GUAUAAAUAACAGCUUGCAGGCGAACGUGAGCAUACUUCCUCUCUGCACAGCUUCAAGCUACAACAUGAUUUGUCUGACAGGAUUGAUCUUGCUGCUCUUUGCAGUGGCAGUGGAUGGAAGAGUUGGGAACUCCACUAGUGAAUCCAGUUACUGCACAGAGACAAAAGAGUGCUUUCUGUUUGACUUGGUUUGUGCAGGAGAUGGUUAUGAGGUACGCCACUAUGAUGCUGCUAAGUGGGUGACCACAGAAGCUGAAUCCUAUUUCAUGGAAAUUGCAACUUCAAGAGCGUUCAGGAAACUUUAUAAAUACAUCACCGGAGAAAAUGAGGCUGGUGCAAAGAUUGACAUGACUGCACCAGUCCUCAUUAAAGUCAAUGAUUCUGCGAGCAUGUGGCAGUCAUCAGUCUAUGGUCUCAGCUUCCUCCUGCCCUCCAAAUACCAGGCCAAUCCACCCGAACCUACUGAUCCAUCUGUGUACUUAACAGACACUCCGGAUAUGAAAGUAUAUGUCAAGAGCUACGGGGGCUGGAUGAUGUCACUUGUGGCCAAAUCACAGGCUGACAGUCUGAAGACAUCGCUGGACAAUGUACAAGCUACUUAUGAGACAGAGUACCACUAUAACGUCGGCUAUAACAGCCCAAUGAAGAUUAUGAACAGACACAAUGAGGCAUGGUUUAUUGUUAAGGGUGAGCCUGUGUGUCCUAGGAGUGGAUAAUUUCUUUGAGCUUCCUCUCUAACAAGUCUUUUAAAGACAUUUAUUUAUCAUUUCUUUUUCAGAGCCACAGUACGCAGAGCUGCAUUACUCCUGUAGUCAUAGCAUGCUAAACUGCCUUACAUGUUUUAUUACAUUAUACCAUUAGCACAUAUAGUGUAAAAGGGCUGGGUUUGGUUUAGUAGACAACAUAAAAAAAAUAGGGCAUUUGUCGAAGAAAUGUCAAACUCCAAGGGAUGAUAUCUGGUCUGUUAACAUUUGUUUUAAAAAAGAAAAUAA